AUGUUUAGCAAGAGAAAAAUAAUUAAAAAAAAUAUAAAAAAAAAUUUUGAAGAUAAUGAUGAAGAUGAGAAAAUUGAUAAACCUAAUCCCCAUACGAAUUAUAACAAUGAAAAGGAAAUUAUAAAUACUCAUGAUGAUAUUUAUCAAUUAAGGUUUGAUGCAACUAAUGAAGAUAAUAAUCUUACUUCUUCAGCUAGCCAAAAUGUAAAAAAUAAUUGCCUGAACAUGAAAGAAAUAAAAGAUGAAGAAGAAAAAAAUUUACAGAAUGGACAAAAUGAAUCUGGUUUAACUUGUACAUUUAUUCAAUCAAAUGAUGAAAAAAAGAAGGAAGAGAAGAUUAAUAAAAAGAAAAGUAAUAAGAUGAGUUGUAUUGAAAGAAAAAAGAAUGAAGAAGAAAAGAGAGUAAAUAAAAUGAAUACAAGUUUUCAUAUAUAUAGUGAAGAUGAUAGUAGUGAUAGUUACAUAACAUUAAAAAAAAAAAAAAAAAAAAAAAAAUCAUCAUCAUCAAAUGUAAAGAUAUUUAAGGAAGAAAAUAACAAAAUUGAUAAUAUUCAUAAUAAUAAUUACAACAAUUCUGAUAAUAUUUUUAAAGAAAAUAACUCAUCAGAUAAUGAAUCAUUUAAUAAUAAUUAUGCACAUAAAAAUUUAUCUAUAUACACUUGUAUACAAGGUGAAAAACAUAUAUAUAAUAAAGAUCAUAUGAAAAUGAAAAAAGAUAAAAAUUUAUCAUAUAAUAAUGAUAAUAUUAAAAAAAAAGAAAUAUAUUUAAGUGAAGACAAUUAUUAUACAAAUUAUGGGGAUCAUACUAGUGAUAAUGAUGAAGAAAAUUAUAAUAAGGAUAAUCUUUAUCAUGAUACAAAAAUUUAUGAGAACCAUUCUUCAUCAUAUAAAUUAAAACAAAGAAAUGUUUCAUCAUAUGAAGUAGAUAACGAUAAUUCAAAUAAUGACAACGAACAAGUGGUAAGUUUAUAUAGUGACAAGUCAGGUGUCCUAACAAAAGGUUUAAAAGAAAAAAAACAAAAUUUUAAUAAUAUUGCAGAUGUGUUUAUUAUUGAUGAUAAGAGUGAUAAAUAUCAAACGAUAAAUAUAAAUUUAGAAGAUGAAUAUGAUGAUAAAGAUAAUGAUGAAGAAAAAAAAUUAAUUGAAAGAAUAAAAUUGAAAAAAAAUAUAUUAAGGAAGAAAAAAGAAAUUAUUAAUAAUAAUAUUAAUAAUAAUAUGUUUUCAGAUGAUGAUUAUGAUGAUAAUUUUCUUUUUCCUAUGGGAAAGAAAAAUUCCUUUUUUGAAAAAAAAAAAAAUGUUACAUAUGAAGAUGAUUUAGAUAUAGAUGAUAUGUAUAAUUAUGAAACAAUUAGCGAAAUGAAAAAUCGGAUUUUAAUCAAAAAAAAUAGAAAUGAAGAUAUUAAAAAUUUAUAUGAAGAAAGAAAUAUUGAAGAAAACGUUGUAGAUACAAAUGAUUUUAAUAUAGAUAAUAAUUAUGAAGAUUAUGAUUUGUAUGAAGAUGAAAAAAUUAAUCAAAUUGUUGAUAAUAAAAUGUUAGUAGAAUUGAAAAAACAAAAUGAAUUUUUAUCUGAUUCACAAAGAAAAGAAGAAGAAGAAGAAGAGGAAGAGGAAGAAAAAGAAAGAGACAAACAUAUACAUUUUAAAGAAGAUAAUAUAAAUGUAUAUUUAAAAAAUAAAAACAAUGUAAUGAAAAAAGAAGAACAUGUUAAAAAUAAAGAAUAUAAUGAUGAAGAUUUAUUUUCUUUACCAAGGGAAAAGGAUAAAGAAUUAUACAGUUUAGAUAAUAAUAAUUAUUACAAUGAUAAAAAUAAAUUAUUAUUUGAAAAGAUUCAAAAUGCUUAUAAAUACAAAGGUGUAUGUAAUUUAGAAAUAAUCAAAAUGUAUGAAUAUAUACAGAAUUUAUUUAAUGAAUAUAAAAAUAAAAUUCAAGAGUCUAAUGAAAUAAAACAAUUAGAAAAUAAUAAUCAAGUCGAAUAUAAUAAAUACGAAAUUAUAUGUAAAAAAGGAAAAAAAGAAAUAAUUAUAUGUCGUAUUUUUCUACAAUAUUUACAAAUAUUAAUAAAUCUUAUAUGUGAAAAAUAUGAACAUGUUGAAGAUGCAUUAAAAGGAUUAUAUAAUUUAGAAAGCACAUUUCAUAUAAUAUAUCAUAAUUUGAAAUUAUAUAUAUAUAAAGAAUAUUAUGAAAAGUAUAAAUUAACAUUUAUAAAUGAUUAUAUUUUUAAUUCAAAAUAUUAUAAAAAUUUGAAGGAAAAGAAAAAACAUAUCCAAUUACAAUAUCUUAUAGAUAAUAAUAUUAUACAAAAUAAUGGAUUAAAUGAUAAUGUUACAAAUAUUAAUGAAUAUAAUAUAUUAAAUGAAAUGUGUGAUGUUAGAAAUAUGAACAAUUCAGAAUUUUAUUAUAUGUUUGAUGGUUUUUCAAGUAAUUAUUCAACUGAUACGUUAUCAUCAUCAUCAUCAUCACCAUCAUCAUAUUUAUCGUUAGAAAAUGAUCUUAAUGAUGAUAAUAAAAAUUUCAUACAAAGGAAAGAAAAUAAAGAUAUAUCAAAAAAUGAUACAUUAAAAAAAAAUUUAGAUAAACAGAAAUAUUAUCAAACAUUAAAAAUGAAAGAUUUAAAGAAGAAAUUUUUAUUUUCCAUUAAUAAUAUUUUUAAAAAUGUAAAUAUGUAUUUUUUUAAUUUUAAAAAUGUUAUAAAAUAUUUUGGUUUAUUAAAAUUAUAUAAUUACCAUUUUUAUGUGAAUAAUGAAUGUGCAUCAUAUAUUGAUGAUGUUUUGUUUUUUUUUGUAAAGUGUGAAUUAUUAUAUUGGGACCCCUUAUAUCAAUUUUUUAUGAGUAAAAAGAAAAAGAAAAGAAUAUUGAAUUAUUUUGAUGAGGAUAUAAAUAGUGUUACUAGUAUAAAAAACAAAAAUGAAUCAAAUAAAAACAACUUAAAUAUUUUAGAUAGUAAUAAAAUGGACAAUAAUAAUAUUAAUCAUUUUAAUAUAAAUGAGGAUAAUAAGAAAUUUUUUUCUUUAUAUUAUUCUUCUCCACCUUAUGAUAAUAAAAAUAUAUAUAAUAAUACAAACGAAAGAACUAUAGAAUAUGACAUGAACAUGUCAGGUUCCAGUUCAAGUAGCAACUUUUCAUUGUCAUAUACUAGUUGUUCAUGUAAUGAAGACAAUUUGAAUGAUAAAAAUAUAUUUGAUGCAGAGGAAGAAAACGUUAAAAAAAUAUCUGUUAAUAUUUUUAAAAAUAAAAUAUUUAAGAAGAAAAAAUAUAAAUUAAGAAAAGCGUUUUUUCACAACCCUAGUAUAAAAUCAUUCGAGUGGUAUACAUUUAUGGAUGAAUUGAUAUUAAUAUAUAAUAAUAUUGAAGAAGAAAAAGAUAUUUUAAGAAAAUUAUAUGACAACAUAUUUAACAAAAAAAUAUAUGAAUUAAUUAAUGUGUGGAAUCCUUUAUCUUUGAAACAAAGUUUUCAUUUAUCUAUAAUUAUAAAUGAAUUUAUUUUAUACAAUGAUAAUAUAGAUGAAUUAACUGAUAAAAUAAAAGAUAAGAUACAAACAUAUAUAACAACAUUUUUACAAUGUUAUAAAAACAUAACUAGCCAAAAGAAAAAAAAUAUUUUUUUAAUGAGAUGUUUCAAAUUUUUGAAAAGUCUGAAAAAUAUUAUACAAUUAUUAUAUAAUGAAGAAUUAUAUGAUAUAGUAAAAAGUGUAUUUAAUAAUUAUGUUUUACCUAAUUGUGAUGAUGGAAAUAAAUUACACAAUUUGAUUGUAUUAAAAAUAAUUCAAGUAAUACAUUCAUUGAAUAAUAUUCCAAAGGAGGAUAGUUUUUUUUGUAAGACAAAUGAAAUUAUGAGUAAAAUAUCUGAUUGUUUGAAGACUGGUUAUUUUGAUAUGUUGAAGGUGGAAAAUGGGUGUAUGAUAAAAUAA